CUGGUAAAUUCUAAUGAAACAAAUACAAGUCUGGAGAGCACAACUGAAGUGUUCCUGUGACUAUCCCCUGGGAAUUGUUAACAUGCACUUGCUGACUAUCGUCCUUCUCACUGUGUGGGCUUCCUGUGUCCAAGGACAAGGAGGAACUUGUGACUUUCCCAAAAUAAGACAUGGAAGCAUAUAUAAUGAAAACAGACAUGAGCAACAGUUCCCAGUUGCUAUUGGAAAAAAUGUCUACUACUCCUGUGAACAGAGCUUUGCAUCUCCAAAACAGUCAGUCUGGACACGAAUCGAGUGUACAGCAGAAGGAUGGUCCCCAGCUCCACUGUGCCUCAGACACUGUGUUUUGCCUUCUGUGGAACAUGGCCACUCUGAUUACUCACAAGUAAUACAUUUGGAAGGCGAAACUGUGAAAAUUACCUGUGAUAUAGGCUACAAUCUCCCAAAUAAUCAGAGGAGUAUUACAUGUACAGAAAGUGGCUGGUCCACUGAGCCUAUAUGCAUUCCGUACUUCAAACCUUGUGAUUUUCCAAACAUACCACAUGGAGCCCUACAUGAGGAAAGCAGACACAGACCAUACUUUCCAGUACCUGUAGGAAAACAGUUCUACUAUCACUGUCAUGAAAAUUUUGCGACGCCUUCCGACAGAACCUGGGAAUACAUCAGGUGCACAAUAACAGGAUGGAAGCCAGAAGUGCCUUGCCGCAGAAAAUGCCUCUUUAGUUAUUUGGAAAAUGGAAAGUGGAUAUGGAUAACAAAAGCAUAUUACCAGGGUGAAUCUGUGAUACCUCAGUGCAAUAAUGGCUUUGGUCUUCCAAAUGGGGAGAAAGUAAUGAAAUGUACAGAGGAUGGCUGGUCCCCUCCUGCCAGAUGCGUGCGUAUCAAAACAUGUUCAGAAAUAGAAAUUCAGAAUGGUUUUUUUUCUGAAACUACUACUGAAUAUUCCUUAAAUAAGGAAGCACAAUACAAGUGCAAACCAGGAUAUGCAACAGCAAAUGGUAAAACUUCAGGAACAAUUAUAUGUCAGGAAAAAGGAUGGUCAGCUCAACCUGAAUGUAUUAAAUCUUGUGAGAGGCCGAGAUUUGAGAAUGCAUUAAGUAAAAGAAAUGGCACAUGGUUUAUGCUCCAUGACCAGCUGGAGUAUGAAUGCAAACCUGGCUAUGAAAACAGAGCAGGACGGAGCAGUGGUUCCAUAAUCUGUCAGCACAAUGGUUGGUCUGAACAACCUGUAUGCCUUGAAAAAGAAUGCACUGUCCCGAUGUUAGAUGAACACAUAUUUGCUAUGCCUUCAAAACAAAAAUAUAAAAUCGGAGAGGUGUUGAAAUUCUUUUGUAGAAUUAAACCUGUGAGAGUUGGACCAGACUCAGUUCAAUGUUAUCACUUUGGAUGGUCUCCUAAUAAUACAACAUGUAGAGAUUAUGCCAAAAAUUGUGGUUCCCCGCCUUCACUUUUGAAUGGAAAAUUGACAGAAAUGGAGAGAGACGUCUAUAAACACAAUGCCGUGUUGGAAUAUGUUUGUGAUCCUCAGUUUCUGAUGAAGGGUUCCAAGAAGAUUCAGUGUGUUGAUGGAGAUUGGACACCUCUGCCUAUGUGCAUUGCGGAGAAGCGUACAUGCAAAGAUAAACCUGAACUUGAGAAUGGCUUUGCUGAACCUUCUGCUCCUCUUUAUUAUCAUGGAGAUUCAGUCGAGUUCAGUUGCACAGUUGGAUUUACAAUGAUUGGAGAGAAAUCAACUACAUGUUUCCGUGGAAGAUGGACCCAACUUCCUAAAUGCAUUGCAACAAAUAAACUUAAGAAGUGUAAAAAAACAAGACUAAUUUCAUCUAAUUCAAGUUUACGUUCUAAGAAUUUCUUUGAUCAUAAUGACAAUGUAAAUUACACGUGUGAUAAUAAAUCAGAAAUGAAAUUCUCAACGUGCAUAAAUGGAGAAUGGGAUCCUGAAAUAAGCUGCAAAGAUAAACCAAUACAAGUAUGCCCACCUCCACCUCAGAUUCCCAAUAGUCAAAUUAUGACCACCACAGUCAAUUACCAGGAUGGAGAAAAAAUAUCAAUUCUCUGCCAAGAAAAUUAUCUAAUCCAGGAAUCAGAAGAAAUGGAGUGCAAAAAUGGAACCUGGGUGUCAGUACCACGCUGUGUAGAAAAACGUCCAUGUUCUGAACCACCUCAGAUUGCACAUGGGAACAUUACAUCAGCUAGAUCUUCACUAGGGCCUAAAGUUUACCCACAUGGCACCAUACUGAAUUACACUUGUCAAGCUGGCUUUAGGAUAUAUGAAGAAGACAACAAGAUAACGUGCUCCAUGGGACAAUGGAGUUCUCCACCUCAGUGUGUAGGACUUCCUUGUGGACCUCCACCUCCUAUUUCUCAUGCUCUACUUCCAUUCCACAAGGGAGAUGGUUACCAAUACGGAGAAGAAUUUACAUACAGCUGUUCUGAAGGUUAUGGAAUUGAUGGACCUGCAACAGCAAAAUGUUUAGGCGAAAAAUGGUCCAGUCCACCAGAAUGCAUAAAAACAGAUUGCUCAAACUUACCCGAAUUCCCUAACACCAUGCUCAUAGGUUCAAAGAAAAGCUCCUAUAAGUCAGGAGAAAAGGUGACUUAUAAAUGUUCAUAUAAUUACCAACUAGAUGGACCCAAUUUUGCACAAUGUGUUAACAGCAAAUGGAUAGGAGGACCAACAUGCCGAGAUGUUUCUUGUGGUCGUCCGCCCAUGGUUGAACAUGCUGUCACACGAAAUGAUAUGGGGAGCUACCCACCUGGUACACGAGUAUAUUAUGAAUGUGAAAAACCUUUUAAACUCUAUGGAGAAUCAGGAGAAGUGCAGUGUUUAAAUGGUUUCUGGACAAAACCUCCUCAGUGUAAAGACUCUGUAGGAAAAUGUGGUCCCCCCCCAUCUAUAGAAAAUGGAGAUACUACUUCAUACCAAGUCGGUGAAUAUGCUCCGGAAUCAAAAGUUGACUACCAAUGCCAAGCCCAUUAUGUACUCCAGGGAGACAGGACUAUAGUAUGCCGCAAUGGGCAGUGGUCAGAACCACCUAGAUGCCUAACUCCCUGUGUAAUAUCAGAAGACCUUUUGAAUGAACAUAAUAUAAUAUUCCGAUGGGCAGAAGAAAGGAAACUGUAUUCCGAGUCAGGGGACACUGUUGAAUUUGAUUGUAAAAGGGGAUAUCGUAGAAAGUCAUAUGAAUCAUUUAGAAAAACCUGUUACAAUGGAAAGAUAAUAUAUCCCACUUGUGUGUAAAAUAAUGUUUCUAGUGCAUUAUUAUCUAGAAAUUUAAAAUAUCUACAUUUAUUAUAAAAUUUCAACAGUAAUCCAUUCUUAUCAACUCAUUCUUAAAGUUUAAAUUUUAUUCAUAAAUUCGCAAGUUAUGUUACACAUUAUGUGGAUCAUGCAAUUUUAAUCUGAGCGACCAGUAAAUUACAUUUUAAAUGUAGUACAUUAAAAGUUUGUAAAAAAUAAUGCAUGUAUCCUAUUUUUAAAACGUCUAUUUUUUUUAAAUUUGAUGUAGAAUCUUUUCUGCCUGCUUUCAUCUGUCAUUCUUCUAAUAUUAUCCCACCUCUGUCUCUAAGUUCCAGGGAUUUCUGAAACUCUAUUUCAAAGAAACUGUAGGAAUAUUCAUGUUUUCAAAAUGAUAUCAAUAACAAACACUUAAAACUCAGGCUAAAUUAAAUGUCUAUGUUAAGAAUAAAAUAUAAAUAGCUCACUUUUGUUUAUUUAUAACUAGA